AUGUCGCCAUCUCCAUCAACCAAGAACCCCACAGCCUCCAUGUUGACUUCCCCAACAUCCUCCUCGCACUUCAGCUACGCCAACCUUUCUGUCUUAGUGGCAAGUAUGAUCAAGGAAUACUUCAAAGCCGCCGCUGCCGCUACGCCUUCCCUCGUCCGCGCUACCAUGAUUGAUGACUAUCCCAUCCAACCAGUCAUUUUCCCAAAGGGUCCCUACGGCCUGCUCAGCCCAUUGGUCAAUAGGAACACCAGCUGCAUCAAAUACAGCACCCAUUACACAUGCGGUCACUAUAGUAUCGAUAGGGAUGUUCAUAGCCCGGUGUGUGUUCUAGCGACUUUGGAGAAUCCAAGGAAUGCCAAAUGCGAGGGGCUUCAUAAUGUUGUUAGGUCGGAGCAUUCGAAGACAUGCCAGCGUUGUGGGGGCAUUGAUUUGAAUGCACACGAUGAUGAUAGCGACGACGAGGAUGAGAAUAAUACUGAGAAUGAAAGCGAGGAGGAUGAGGGAUACGAGAGCCGAGAGCAGAGCCAGGACGAAAACGAAAACGAGGAUGAGAAUGAUGAGAUGGAUGCGAUGGACGAAGACGAUAGUGAGGAGUAUUGA